ACUCCGCCUUCAGUCGUAACGGUUCUCAAUGGCAAUCUCCGUAAGCUCUAGUUGCAGAAACCCAACUUCUCCUUACAAAUCUUUCUCUUCUUCCUUGUAUCUUCCUCGAAUCCCCUUCAAAUUUGAGAAAUACCAGUAUGGUUGUUCCGACUUUAAACCUGCUUCGAUUUCCUGUGUUAUGACGAGAGAAUCCGCUAUUCAAGUGGAGGAAAUGGAGAAGAAAUGGAAUAAUUUUCAGAGACCGGAUUCGUUCGGUCGGUUUGGUAAGUUUGGAGGGAAAUACGUCCCGGAAACCCUUAUGCAUGCUCUUGCGGAGCUCGAGUCGGCGUUCUUGUCACUUUCUGUGGAUGAGGAAUUCCAGAAAGAACUAGAUGGAAUUUUGAGGGACUAUGUUGGGCGGGAAAGCCCUCUCUACUUUGCCGAGCGGCUCACAGAGGAAUAUAAACGUCCAAAUGGUGAAGGGCCUCACAUAUACCUGAAGAGGGAAGAUCUCAAUCACACAGGGGCUCAUAAAAUCAACAAUGCGGUCGCCCAAGCUCUGCUCGCCAAACGUUUGGGCAAAAAACGGAUUAUUGCUGAGACGGGUGCAGGUCAACAUGGAGUUGCAACAGCUACUGUAUGUGCUAGGUUUGGUUUGCAGUGCAUUAUCUACAUGGGUGCUCAAGACAUGGAGAGGCAAGCUCUUAAUGUUUUCAGAAUCAAGCUUCUUGGAGCUGAGGUUAGAGCUGUAAGUUCUGGGACUGCCACACUAAAGGAUGCCACAUCAGAGGCUAUACGGGACUGGGUAACUAAUGUUGAGUCUACCCAUUACAUUCUAGGUUCUGUUGCUGGGCCUCAUCCAUAUCCUAUGAUGGUCAGAGAUUUCCAUGCGGUGAUUGGUAAAGAAACGAGAAAACAGGCUAUGGAGAAAUGGGGUGGCAUGCCUGAUGUGCUAGUUGCCUGUGUUGGUGGUGGUUCAAAUGCAAUGGGGCUAUUUCAUGAGUUUGUUAAUGAUGCAGAUGUCAGGUUGAUUGGUGUGGAGGCUGCUGGUUUUGGCUUAGAUAGUGGUAGGCAUGCUGCUACUUUGACAAAAGGUGACGUAGGGGUGUUGCAUGGGGCUAUGAGCUAUUUAUUGCAGGAUGAUGAUGGACAAAUAGUUGAGCCACAUUCUAUAAGUGCUGGGUUGGAUUACCCUGGAGUUGGACCAGAGCAUAGUUUUUUGAAAGAUAUUGGACGUGCUGAAUACUAUAGCGUCACUGAUGAAGAGGCACUGGAAGCUUUCAAGAAAGUAUCUCGAUUGGAGGGCAUAAUACCAGCUUUGGAGACAUCUCAUGCAUUCGCUUAUUUGGAGAAAUUAUGCCCAACACUGCCAAAUGGAUCUAAAGUUGUGCUUAACUGCAGCGGUAGAGGUGAUAAGGAUGUUCAAACAGCCAUUAAAUAUUUGAAGGUCUAGAGGAGGUGUCGAUGUGCGCUUCUCUUCCAAAUUGAUCCAAACUUUGUAUUUU